UCGGUUUAAUUUGUUUGAGGUUAUCGCAAGUUUAUACAUUUGUUAUUGUAUUUAAACUACAUUAAUAUUAUCUAAUAUCCACAUGUAACUCAUGGUGUUAAACAUGGAUAUUAAAUUAAAGACAUUUUCGUUUCUACUUAUUAUUAUUGCUAAUGCAUUUGUUUGUAAAAGUGCUAAAAUAAACACUCCACGAGUGUUACUACCGUGGUUUGAGGAUCAUUUGGUUAAUUUUACCUUCGAAAUAAUAGAAGGAGGGUGCUACACUUGGAGUUUGUCACGCGACGACAUCAUUGAUUUAGAAGCUUUAUACGACGAUGCUUGGGGUCACUGCUCCCGCAGUGCCCGAGUAUCUGUAUCUAAGACCUGCGUGCCUCCUGGAUCAGUCAUAAUUUUGGCUGAGGAAGUGGCAACCGGCGAGAUAUUACGAGGUGAUGUUGACAUUGACAAAAUAACAUCACUUAAAGUGAUGAGUACAACAUGGAAAUUAUAUUUGGAAGAGGCACCUGAGGCAUUUGAAGUUGUUGCUUAUGAUGAUUCUGGCAAUAAGUUUUCAACUUUAGAAGGAAUCAGAAUAACAUGGACAGUGGAAAAUGUUGGCAGUACCUAUGGAGAUGAACCUUUAGUAAGGCUUGUUAGGUGGAGUGACACAGAUUAUGAAGCACCAAGAGGUGUAACAGACCUGGAAUCUAAAAGCUUACAAGGCUACUCAGUUUUACUCUACGGUCAAGCAAUGGGAGAUGCAAGAGUAACAGUCUGUCUUGAUGAAAUUUGUACAAUGUUUAGUUUACAGGUUGUGGCUAGUGUUGUACUUACUCCUGCCACAGCCUAUGUAGCUCCUGGUGAUGCAUUAAAAUACAGAGUUGUCAGAGCCAGAGCUGGUCGUCUUACUGUUCAAGAUGUUGCUGAGACUUUGUAUACCAUGACAAUAUCAGAAUCAUCCAUUGCAUAUCUUGAAGACUCCAUAAGUCUUGUGAGAGCUACAGAAUUAGGAACUACACCAAUUUUCCUAAUGUCUGGGUCAACUGAAGUUACCACUGCAUUGUUAACUGUUACUGAACCUCAUAGUAUCAAAGUCAAUAUUCGACCAGCAAAUUUAGUUAUACAAGGAGAAGAAUUCAUUAUUCAUUGUAUUCUCUAUGAUUCAAGUGGACAUGCUAUAACUGCGGGUCAGGAUAUUUUGAUUAGACUGACAGUUGAUGGUGAAGCUGAUGUAGAUUUAUUGAGGUCUACUGAAAAUGGUACAAUAACUGAUGCAAUUGCUUUGAAGCCUGGCAGGUUUAUGGUGUCUGCCAAAUUGUUUUCUGUUGCUGGAAGAGGAUUGCCAAAACCUGUGGAAGGGCAAGCAUCAGCAGUGGCAGUUCGCCCCUUACAAAUAGUGCCACCAGAGUUGUUUGUUGCCUGGACUGACUCUAUUCAGAACAUUCAAUUAAAUCAUCGUGGUGGUGGGAAUGAGUCGGUCUCUUGGUCAGAGGAAGAAAAAGGCCAGAGUGCUUUAUCCCUUUCUAACAAAGGAUUAUUGACAGUUCAUGGAGUGGGACAGCUAAAUGUUGGUGUGCAUUUGACCCAAUAUUCUUACAUACGAGCUAGCGGCAGAGUGUGGUCAGCAGUACCAGAGCUAGUGCAAGUGUCAAGCUCGGGUCACGCGCGUGUUGGCAAACCGCAUUAUCUUCACAUCGCAUUAACAGCUACUUAUCCUUCUACGGGGGAACUUUAUAAUUUUCAUAUAUGUGAUUGCAGUGCAUUCUCAGUGUCUUUGGUUGAGGGCCCAGAGCCUUUUAAUGUAACAGCGGUGCCUUGGAUGAAGCCAGUGGAAGGCGCCUGUUGCGUACUAGAAUGUUGGUGGAAGUCGCGAGGAAUAUCGAGUGUACGCGUGUCUUACGGGCGUGCGGGCGACACGGCGCGCGUGGCCGUACGCGCUGCUCCCGCUCUGCUUUGGCCGACAAAGGCAGCGGCGUUGGUUUCCGCUACUUUACCCGUAUUAGCUGAAGGUGAAGCUCUUUCUCCGAGUUCGAGUGAAGCUCGGAUCGCGCACAUAGAAUCGAGAUCAGGACCACCGCCCCAUAGACAUCCCGACGUGCAGCUUUUCACUAUGAAAUGCCAUAGAAAAGGUGAAACUCGUCUAGAAGUAAGUUCGGAGGUGGAAGGCGAAAAGGAAGUGAGCGAUCUGCCCGUGCACUGUGCAGCGCAUGUUAGCAAGAUCAAACUGGAGCCCGAAGAGACGCCAGGGAACUGUUCCAAUACGAGAGUAUGGUUACGUCCAAACCAAGAUGUGACAGUAAAGGUCACAUUAUUCGACGCAGUUGGCAGGGAAUUGCUCGAUGAAAACGGUCCAAGGGUGUCAUGGGAAACACAACCUAAUCACAUAGGAAUAGAGUACAAAGCGACAGAUCGAUUGUUCGUUGAAUUUGAUACAGAAUAUGAUCCAGUUCCAGUACCUCUUAAUUAUUAUCAGGUGGUAAAAGCUGGAGAAAACGCUAUCGGAUGGUCGGGGGUACUUAAAGCCAAUAUACCAGAAGCAACAGUCACCGUUCAAGCGAAGGUCGUAGCGCCACUCAAAUGUGAACCUAGUAAGGUGAACAUAGCAUGGGAAAGCGAAGUUGCGCCAAAUUUAGCGACGAUAAGCGGCGGUAGUGGGCGUUAUAACGUGGAGACACCCAAGGGCGUGUCAGCUAGCAUAGACAGUGGGACGUUAAAUGCCAUUUUACCAGCUCCGGGUACAUACGACCUCACUGUGGUUGACCAAUGUGUGUAUGGAGAGAGACAAACUGUUGAGGUGAAUAUAGAAGAGGUCCUAAGCGUGGAAGUAUCGACCGCUCGAGCAAUAUGCGUAGACGCAUGUGUUCCCAUCACGGCGUUGGUCAAGGGUGUCUCGCAUCGAUAUCUGACCACAAGUAGACACCCGGAAUGGCGGAGUAGUGGGAAUGUGGUGGUCAAAGAUGGUACCAUUUGUGGGGUUAGAGAGGGUUCUGGAAGAGUUAGGGCUAUGCUUGCUGGAGUUUGGAGUCCGGAACAUGAGGUGACAGUAUUCCCAAGUCUCCAAAUUGUACCGGAGCGGUCUCGUCUGCCACCUGGAGCUAGAUUGCAGCUGAGACACUCCGGUGGGCCCCCUAAUCAUCUAGCAACAUUCACAUAUAAAUUGAUGCAGGGAAAUUCCUUUGUUGAGGUAUCACAAACGGGUGGGGUGCAAGGCAUAGCUCUUGGUGCAUCUCGUAUAAUGCUGGUCGCGGCUGACAUUACUGGUGUCGAACUGGCCACGGCUGAAGCGGAAGUUGAGGUGGUACCAAUAUCAAAUCUACGCGUACGAGCCACAACACAAACACUUUUAGUGGGGAAACCGGGGCGAGUGUGGAUAGAGGCGGCGGGGUUGGGCACAUCGGCCCUUUUAGCCCUGCAUCCCCCUCCGAAGGCAACAUGGUCUUUACGGGAUCCGAAAUCAGCUACAUUAUACACUACACAUGCUAUAGAUAUGCUGGAGAGAUCUUCAGCUGAAGGUCUAUCAAUUCGUGUGGUGCCGUUGAAGGCUGGGGUUAUUGCUAUCGACGUGCGAGUACGGAAUAUGGGACAGAUAUCAGACACGCGUUCUUGGGACAGCACAAUCGAGAUUCUCGGUGUAUCGGAGAUCAGGACUUCAGUGGAUGGUUUAUCACAAGAGAUGACCUCCAAUCGCCUUUCUUUAGCUGUCGGGGCUACUGUCAAACUAAACUCGUCUCCUAGAAGCAACUGGGUCGCGUAUGUGGAAGAGGCUUUUGAUUUGAGGCCGAACGGGGAACUUAUAGCGCUGAAAGCUGGACACGGAGUAGCGGUGGUCAAGCAUAAUGAUGAGAGGAACGGAAUACAUAGGGAAAGUAUGAUCCACGUGGAGGUAUCAGUACCGCAUUAUUGUACGGCCGAGCCAACGGGUGAGGACGAAUCAUUACACGUGGUUCUACGUAAUUCUAUUGGUCGAGAGCUGAUCGCACCUCAGGCGAAUAUGAGCGUUCUAGCCCCACAUACGGCGAUUGUUCGUCGAUCUAGCAGUGGUCUUGGAACUGAAUUACUUCUAUCAGCGGUAGACGGUAAUGGAGCAUUUAUGGGCUUCCAGAGUUCCAUCGGAGGCUUUACAGUUACAGAUGAAGUUUGGAUAGCUGCUUCGGAAACUGGAGUUAAUAGGAUUAUAGGUACGGGCAGCUGGGCUAUAUGCCUCGAGGGCGUAGGUUGGCGUGCACCAACGGGCGUGAACGUAUACGUUGGUACCGGGGUGUCUCUUGCCAUUCUAACAACAGACGUGUCCGCAAAACACGUAUUACGCCUGGAUAGGCCCUCCGCGGCAUAUACGUUGCAUCAAGUGCCCGUAAAGAAGAUGGAGUUCCUCCCAGGCGAGUGGCCAUCUUCUCUAAUACCUCUAAGCAUCGAUGCAGAUCUCGGCACGGGACCAUUGCUGUGUACUGAAGAACAAAAGUAUGCGGUUAUAGGUGUUGAGGUGCAACUGCCCUUUUCAUGUAGAACCAAAGCUCCGCAUACAGCUCAACCAGUCUUGGAUAUUGUUAAUGGUCAACUGGGUUGUUCAGUUAUCCCCGCCAUAAAACUAACACAAGCCUUAGAGGUGGAUCUAUGUGCAGAGUGGGGCAUAUUCCGAGCCUGUACCAAAGUUCUUCUAUUGCCUCCAAUUCAUGUAUCGGAAACCAAAGUGUCUCUUCGGAACCCACCGGCCCACUUCACAAUUCAUGGUCACCCACGAGCAAUGAAACAAAUAAAAAUGACAACAUCGCCUGGGUUGAAACUAGAGCCAAAUGUAAAAGAUAGUGAAGUGAUAGUGGCAGUGAAAAGUGAAAGUGAGGUGUGCGGUAUUGGAUUUGUCACUAUUGUAUCACGAUUGACCUCUCAAGAACUUAGAGUAGAGGUUGAAAGGGAAUGUGAUAUAGGCUGUGGCACAUUACUUGGUGCUUUGUUUUCUCUUCUGAGCCCAUAUAUUCCUACUAUAUUGACAUGUGCUGCUAUUGGAGUUGGAUAUAUAUAUGUGCAAUCAAAGCUACAAAGCAAAGCUCCAAUACGGAUUCCCACUGAGCCAGUACCAACAGUAUUGCCUGAAACUCCGACACUACGGACUCGUACUUGGUCAAGGAGUCCCUACGCCUCCAAUGGACCUGCCAAUCCAAUAUAUGGAGAUGCUAGUGUACUACCAGAUACUAGUUUUUCACCAUUAAGACCAUCUUUUAUAUAGUGAAGUGUUGUGAAAAAGUAUAGUGAAGUUUUGGUAAAUAAGUGACAAA